CUCUCUCCAAUAUGGCGGACGAUUCGAGUGCGAAAUAAUGGAUUUGAAGUUUCUUGUGGGGAUUUCAGUGAAAAAACAGGCACAAACCGUCAAAUAAUUAAUAUUAAUAUUAAUAAUGAAGUAAUUAAUGAAUGGGAAUAGGUAUUUUUUUUGGAUUCUUCAUGAUCAGCUGAUGAGUGCCGAGUGCCGGUUGUUGACGGAUUCAACCCGAUUCCUUAAAAAUGGGAGUAACAGGUUUGUGGAGAUUGAUUGACGCAUCAGGAAAGCCAGUGCCCCCGGAGUCACUCGAGGGAAAGGUCCUGGCGAUUGACAUUUCCAUCUGGAUCCACCAGGUCCUCCAAGGAUACCAAGACGGACGAGGAAAUGCUCUGCCAAACGCUCACCUUCUGGGUCUCUUCACGAGAAUCUGCAAACUCCUCUACUUCAAGAUCAAGCCAGUCUUCGUAUUCGAUGGUGGAGUUCCUCUCCUCAAGAAGACGACAAUAGCAGCGAGAAAGAAGCAGAAAGCACUAGCUCUAGGCAAAGCCGAGAAGCUGAAGAACGACCUGAUCCUCAACCUGAUGAAGCACAGCCUCGUGAAGAACGUUCUGAGUAAAAAACCACCUGAGGAAGUCCAAUCCUCGAGUUCAGACACCCCAAAUCCUCUAAAAACCGUUAACGAUAUGUUCAAACUGCCCCUAGCUCCUCCCCAGGAGCUGGAAUCCUUCUCAGACAGCACAGAAUCAGACUCAGACGAUCUGAGCCCCCGAAAGCAGUCAAAAUGGCGAGGAAACAUUCACACAGUCGACAUAACGUCAAACGACUUCAAAUCCCUUCCACCAGACGUUCGGUACGACAUCCUCACUGACCUGAAAGAGACAAGAAAGCAAAACUCCUGGGGACGACUCCACGAAAUCCCAGAGGAGUCCAAUAGAUUCUCAGAUUACCAGAUGAAGAGGCUGUUGAAGAGGAGAAAGGCACAGGAGUACCUGGAGGUCGCUGAGCAAGAGAUGGGGGGAAAAAAUCUCACCCUCGACGAGUUGGAGAAGCUGAUGGCAGAGCAGGGGGUCGACACCAAGUCCAGGGAUCUGGCGUACAGAAUAGCGUCUGACGAUGUCACUAGAGUGUUGUACGUUCGUGAUCCCAAGGCUCAGGCACAGAAGAGCUCUGGCCUAGGGGCUGAUGUGAGUCAACCCAGUUGCUCCAGAGACUCUGGAUCAUCCAGUCUUGAUGGGGAAUUGACAGUUAUCCCUGAGGAGACUUCCUCAGUCCUUGAGGACAUUGGGGAAUACGAUCUCGAGGACUGGGACUCUGACGUCGAGAUCAUUGAGCAGCCGAAGAGAUUUUUCGGGAAGGUCUCCAAAAAUCCAGCCCUCACCUACAUGAUGGAGAACAGUGAGCUCUCCCAGGAGCAGAUCCUUGCUCUCAUCCAGCAGAGCAAGGCCUCAAUCAAGAAGGCGAAGGCUGAGAAGACGAGGGGUGCUCCUGGGAGAGGGGAAGUUCUGGAGAAAAAAAGGAAGAUCGAGAGUAAUUUUUGUGAGUCUCCUGGAAUUAAGCAGGAGGUGGAGAGCUCUGGAGAGGUCUCUCGUCAGGAUUUGUCGAAGGAAAAGGCAGGGAUUGGAGUUGACGAGGAGAAAGAUAAUGGAGGCUGUGAGUCUGAUGACUCAGGGGAUUUUGUCGAGGUCCAGGACGUGGAGAUUUCACUGUUGAUGCCUGAGAAGAUGGAGAUCGUGAUUCAGCCUGGGAGUGGAGUUGAUGGUGAUGAUUUGUUUGCUGAUGUGUUCCAGGGAAAUCAUGAGACUCAAAAUUUUACGUUAAACCCUGGAAAUAGCAGCGAUGGAGGACAAAAAUCUGGGGACUUGCAGAAUUCGUUGAACAUUUCUUCUGAGACAUCGCCACCUGAGAAAUCAUUCAUUAAAAAUCAUGUGCCAGAAAUUUCGGGCGAAGACGAAGAAAUUGCGAUAUUAAAUCACGAAAAAAAAGAAAUGAAUAAUUUAUCGAAGGAGAGGAAUGAAAAUAACGAAAAACAAGUAAUAGAUGUGGAUAUUGCUGAAGAACAAGGCGAACGUUCUGAAGAAUUUAUUAUAAAAAAAAUUCCAUCACGUCCUGAAGACCAAAAAGAGAGAAUAGAUGAAGAUUUGUCAGCAGGUCUUACAAAUUUGGAAAGACUUGAAGAGCUUGGACAAUCCCCAAUAAAACGGGUGGAACCUCUUCCAGAGCUGUCACCAGACAAAACAACUCCCCCUGAAAAAGAAAAAAAUCCAGUAAGUGAGGAUUUACCAGGAGAAAUCCCUCCAAAAUCCCCACCAGCAGUUGAUGCCCAAGAAAGAUCCCCUGAAGCACCUGAAACUCUCAAAGAAUCUCCUCCAAAAAAUCCCUCUGAGAGAAUAACAUCGAUCCUGACACGUCUCGCCUCUGAAAAAUUCGAUCUCCUCGCGAAAUCCUCGAAAGAGGAGCACCUGGAGGACCUGAAAACUCAACUAGAAACCGAGGUGAAGGAAUUAAAGCAGAACAUCGGUAAACUGGAUCGUCAGUCGACCGAGGUGACCGAGCAGAUGCGAGCAGACGCUCAGGACUUGCUGGGCCUCUUCGGAAUUCCUUACGUAGUGGCACCCCAAGAGGCAGAGGCCCAGUGCGCCUACCUCGAGGCCAUUAAUCUCACCGAUGGCAGCAUAACCGAUGACUCCGACAUCUGGCUCUUCGGUGGAAAAUGCGUAUACAGAAAUUUCUUCAACAACGCCAAAAGUGUGAUGCAGUACCUGGCGAAAGACAUCGAGCACCACUUCAAGCUGACGAGAGAGCAGAUGAUACAGCUGGCUCUUCUCGUGGGUAGUGAUUACACUGUGGGAAUUUCGGGAAUUGGUCCAGUCACGGCUAUGGAAAUUCUUGCGAGUUUUCCAGGUCAAGGGGAUGAUAUACUCAGGGGUCUGAGGAAUUUUUCGUUGUGGGUGAGAGGCGGAAGGAUUGUGGGGCCUGGGAGAGCAUCUUUGAGGAGUAAAUUGAAAAAUGUUGCUGUGGACAGAGGAUUCCCCAGCCAGGCUGUCGCCCAGGCAUAUCUUUUUCCAACAGUCGAUGAGAGCAGGGAGACCUUCUCCUGGGGUAAACCCAAUCUUGUACUCCUGGGGGAUUACACUAGAGAGAAAUUUGGAUGGACCAGGGCGAAGUUCGAGGAGACUAUGGGGCCUGUGAUGAAGAGGCUCGAGGCCAAGUCCCAGAGGAAUAUCAUGGCGUAUUUCAAGGUCAGGAGUGUUCCCAAAGCAAUUGAAGAGGGGAUCAGCAAGAGGGUGCAGAAGGCUGUUGAAAGGAUGGGGAAGGAUCCUGAGGAGGUGGGGAAGCCUGUCAGGAAGAGGGAGAAAGGGAGAGGGAAGCAAAUGGAUCAGGCUGGUGGAUUUUGUGGGACUAUUGGACCUGAUGGUGUAGCCGAUGUCGAGGGAGAGGAAAAGGUAAUUGACAGGAAGACUGAUACGAAAGGUGGGAAAUGUGAAGAGGUGAUCCCUCAGAGGGAGAAGGAUAAGAAGAAUGCACUGGAUAAGAAACUCAAGGCCAUCGAGGUGUUUAGGAAGUCUAGGAAGGGGCCUGGAAUGUCCAAGAAAAACUCCAGGCCCAGGAGGACUGUCAGGAAGGAGGCGAAGCUCUCGGAGAGCAGUUCUGACACCGAGUGAUUUUUAUGCGGGAACUUCUGCUGUUUGGGGAUAGAAUUCAAGGACUUUUUUCCCUGCAUGUGAUAAUUAAAAUGUACAAAUGUGGAUUCGAGUGAUUAAACGUUGAAUAAAUAAAAAAAUUUUAUAUAUUUA